AGGGCACCUGAAUGCAUCACUAAGUGUAGAUCAGUGUUGUGUGCGGGCUGCUCGCUGUGUUUGCUGUGUUGCUGGCUCCCCUCUGUCCUCCAUUAGAGCUCGGCUCCAUCCCCGCUGUACGGCGCAGGCCCGAAGUAGCGCAGCCGCUCUGAGUUGCUGUACCGUGGAUCCAGCUGUGUAGACCAGGUGGCUAGUAAUGGAUGAGCACGUCGUUCACCAGACAGAACACAUGACGACCAUCGAGGCCAGCGCCGUCAGCCAACAGGUCCAGCAGGUACAUGUGGCCACAUUUACUGAAGCAUCAAUGAUGAGUGCUGAGGAAGACUCAACAUCCUCACCGGAUGAAGAUCCGUAUGACGACACAGACAUCCUCAACUCAGCUGGCACUGAUGAGGUCACUGCCCACUUGGCUGCUGCAGGGCCAGUAGGCAUGGCAGCUGCAGCUGCUGUGGCAACUGGGAAGAAAAGAAAGAGGCCUCAUAUCUUUGAAUCCAACCCCUCCAUCCGCAAGAGGCAGCAGACUCGCCUGCUUAGGAAACUGCGAGCCACCCUAGAUGAGUACACCACCCGAGUGGGCCAACAGGCCAUCGUGUUGUGUAUCUCUCCCUCCAAACCCAACCCUGUGUUCAAGGUGUUUGGUGCCGCUCCUCUGGAGAAUGUGGUGAGGAAGUAUAAGGCCAUGAUGCUGGAGGAUCUGGAGAAUGCUCUGGCUGAACAUGCCCCCACUGGUGGAGAGCUGGCCUCAGAGCUGCCCCCUCUCACCAUUGAUGGCAUCCCUGUUUCUGUGGACAAGAUGACCCAGGCCCAGCUCCGAGCGUUCAUCCCAGAGAUGCUGAAGUACUCAACAGGCCGGGGGAAGCCCGGCUGGGGUAAGGAGAGCUGCAAGCCAGUGUGGUGGCCUGAGGAUAUCCCGUGGGCCAACGUCCGCAGUGACGUCCGCACAGAGGAGCAGAAACAAAGGGUUUCUUGGACGCAGGCAUUGCGGACCAUCGUCAAGAACUGCUACAAGCAGCACGGCCGUGAGGAUUUGUUGUAUGCCUUUGAAGACCAGCAGGUAACCACGGCAACCACCACCCAGCACCACCUGACCACUGCGCAGAGUAUCGCUCACCUUGUGCCCUCACAAACUGUGGUACAGACCAUUAACAACCCGGACGGAACGGUGUCACUCAUCCAGGUUGGCACAGGACACACAGUUGCGACUCUGGCAGAUGCCUCAGAGCUGCCCGGUGUGACAGUGGCGCAGGUCAACUACUCCACUGUGACUGACGGAGAGGUGGAGCAGAAUUGGGCUACGCUCCAGGGCGGCGAGAUGACAAUCCAAACCACUCAGGCCUCAGAGGCCACGCAGGCAGUUGCAUCGCUUGCUGAAGCCGCCGUCGCUGCCAGUCAGGAGAUUCAGCCUGGAGCCACUGUCACAAUGGCUCUUAACAGUGAGGCGGCAGCCCAUGCCGUGGCGACGUUGGCUGAGGCCACUCUACAGGGCGGAGGGCAGAUCGUCUUGGCAGAGACGGCAGCAGCUGUCGGGGCACUGGCAGGGGUUCAAGAUGCCACAGGUCUGGUCCAGAUCCCGGUCAGUAUGUACCAGACUGUCGUGACCAGCCUGGCCCAGGGCAACCGGCCCGUCCAGGUUGCCAUGGCACCUGUCGCCACACGCAUAGACAACACUGUCACAUUGGACGGCCAGGCAGUGGAAGUUGUGACCCUGGAGCAGUGACAUUUACCACCCUGGAAGGAGUAGAAGGCACUGAAUGGCCAUCUUGGAGAUUUGUUUGUCAUACUGUUUUUCCAAGACAUCACGCUGUGUACAGUGUCAAAUAUAUUUUUAAAUGUACAUCUGCGGGGGAAGUAAAAGUGAGCUAUCGACAAAUUGUGUUUACUAUGUAAAGAUAUUGCUUUUGGUGGUGUAUUAUUUCUCCCAUUUAGCUUCAUGUGUUUUUUUUGUUUGUUUGUUUUUUUAGCUCUCUGAUGUUAAGUAUUUAGUAUUUAUUUCUUUACAAUUAACCUUUAAACAAAAAUGAACCAAAAACUCUUGGGGGGGGGGCACCACUGUUGUACCCAGUGAGUGUAACCAUCACUGUUCCAGAUUUUCAUCGUCGUGUAUGUGCUUGACUGUUUUGUUUUUAGGGAUGCAUUUACAAUUCAGUGCCACAGUCAGAAAUCACUCAUCUCCCAUGAUUCCCGUGUCUCCCUUGUCCUUUAUCACUACUCUAAAUUUUACACUUUCCACCAUCAACUCAUCCAAAACUCUUAGUAUCCAGAAAAGCAGCUGUAGAUACUCCCACACAUUUCUCACAUUAGAUGAGGAACUAUUAUAUUGACAUACUGCCUUGUGUGUUUUUCCCUGUGCUGUUUUACUGUAGUCCACGUACAUGCCAAGAUUUGUGAAGACUCAGGAUAUACAUCAUGGUGUUGGGGUUUUUUUUGUUGUUGUUUGUUGUUUUGGGUUUUUUUUUUUUUUGGUUGUUUGUUUUUUUUACUGCAGGUCUGCUAAGCUGACUUUCCAAAGCGGCCAUUUUGUGUACCAAAUCCAUUUACUUACAGUGCAUGGACAGGAGCACCCCUUGGUAUGUUAUUUUUUUAAACUUGAAGUCCUUUGUAUGUCACUGAGGACCUGGUGGUCUGCAUCACUUUGUAAAUCGCAGGAAGUUAGUCGUACUCAGACAGGCGCUGCAGUAUUUGUGAUGCAAACAUCAAAAAACAUUUCUUUCAAUCUUCCAACAAAAAAAAAAAUGCUUGCCAAGAAUGAACAGUUUGAUGCAGCUGUAACAUUUGGUUCAACUCUCACCACUAUUUAAAAAAAAAAAUGAAAUAAAGUUCAAUUAAAUGGCUGCUCUUCA